AUGGAACUGAAAGAAAUCAGGUCGGAGCGCGUCCCUGACGGAACGCAGAUGAAUCACGUGGACUGUGACACUGAGAAAGCUGUGACAGACGUCUAUGUAGAAGACAAGCGCACGCGACAGUCACUGUUGUCAAAGUGCCAACCGAACGGUACAGAGAAACCCACUGCCGAGCCCGAGAACGAAGAAAAUGUGACGGACAAAACACCGAAUUGUGUAGCACGGGGAAUCGACAAAGUUUCCCAGUCUGUUAAGGCGUUUUACUCGCGUCACAAAAGGACAAUUUCACUGACCGUCCGCUGCGUGUUUGUGGCCCUGUGGGUGGCGUAUUUAGUUUACGCUGCCUAUCUGAACGGCCAGCGGGCCCUGGUGGUCAUAAUUAUCACUGCCAUAGUGUUCUUCUUCGUCAGCUAUGAGUACUUGCAGCGGCGCUACGGUGACGUCAUAUAUGACGUCAUAUGUCGACUGCUGGCUGGAGUCAAGUGUGGUAAGAGGAUGUGGAAAUACACGCACUGGACCUUUUAUGCACUUCUGCUGGCGGGAUUAACCGUGUUCUUGGUUUUGGACACGGGACGGAAUCCUCAGAACUUCCGGUCUGCUGGGGGUCUGACGCUCCUAUUACUUUUGACGUUUGUGACGUCAAAGUAUCCCGCAAAGAUUCGCUGGCGUCCCGUGCUAUGGGGCCUAGCGUUCCAGUUUCUGAUGGGGCUGAUGGUGCUGAGAUGGAGCGCGGGGUUUGCGCUGUUUCAGUUCCUCGGGGCUCAGGUCCAGACGUUCGCAGGUUUCGUGGACGCUGGCUCCAAGAUGGUGUUCGGUGAUCCCGGAUACAAGAUGCACCCCGUGGCGUUCCAGAUUUUGCCCAUCAUUAUAUUCUACAGUGCCGUUAUAAAUGUUUUGUAUUACUAUGGAGCCAUCCAGUGGAUGGUCCGCAAGAUGGCGUGGUUGAUGCAGGUCACCAUGAAGAUUACACCGAUAGAGGCGCUGCACACUGCUGCUAGUAUCUUUCUUGGUCAGGUGGAGACGGGAGUGAUGUUCCGACCAUUCUGGCAGAGGCUGACACAGUCCGAGCUCUGUGCGUGUAUGACCGGUGGGUUCACUACCAUUGCCGGUACCGUGAUUGCAGCCUUCAUAGCGUUUGGGGCGUCCCCAGAGCACCUCAUAUCAGCCAGUAUCAUGUCAGCGCCGGCAGCCAUGGCGAUAGCAAAGUUGGGCUUCCCAGAGACAGAGACUUCGCACACCAAGACGGAGGAGGACGUGCAGAUGGCGCCACCGCCUGAGAGAUCACUGGUGGAGGCAGUGUGUAACGGUAUGCUGGCCGCCAUCAAGUUGACGGCAGUGGUGGCUGCGGGAUUGAUAACCUUCCUGUCAUUGGUGGAAGCCAUGGAUACCAUCCUCGGUUACCUAGGAGAUCUAGUGGAUGUCCCGGAUGUGAACUUUCAGUUAAUUUGCUCAUACGUAUUUUCGCCGCUAGCUGUCGUGAUAGGUACUGACUGGCAAGACGCACUCAUCGUUGGAAAGCUUCUUGGCGUCAAAAUUUUCUUCUCGGAAUUCCUUGCAUUUAGUCAGUUAAAGCCUUAUAUAGAUAAUGGUCUGAUAACAGAGCGCACUCGCGUGGUAUGCACGUACGCGCUGGCUGGCUUUGGUAGCAUUCCGUCCAUAGGCAUCUAUAUGAGCUCUCUCAUCACCAUUGAGCCGAGGAAGAAAGAGAACAUUGUGGACGUGGCCGUGCGAGCCAUGGUGUAUGGCAAUAUAGCCUGUAUGAUGACGGCUAGCAUGGCAGGUCUUCUGUACACGGGAGGCGCUGCAGUAGCUCCUAACACCGACCUACUGAAUUCGACCAUCUCAGCUAACACAACAGCACAGCCGUAAUGCUCCCGGGGGUUUUAAACAGGACUACAUUCUGGCCUGUCCAGGCAAACUUAAACCAGUCCUGGUUUCACUCCAGCUGGCAUUACCAUCCGACAAAUUACUGUCGGCAGUAUAUCAGUACGUGACCCGGCAAUGGAUGGAUGAAUCCCCGUGACUCUUUUUUAAAUUAGCCAAAUGCAGCAUUUUGGCCAAAAACCUAUAAUAAAUAUACUUUUUUCAUAUAUCCCGCAGAUGAGGGCGAUGGGUACAUGUUCUCUUUGCAUUGCAUUUUCACUUUUUGUUAGAAAAUUACGGAUUUGGAGAAUUGAGCCCAUAGCGCUGGAGUAAAAGCUAACGAUAUUAAAUAGAUUUAAGAUGAAGCCGGUGGGUUCGAUCAUUCCUAGAGAACAUUGUCAACUUACAUUUCAGGAAAGCUUAUCCCAAAAUUUCUUUGACAUGCCAUUUACUAUUUAUUUAUGGGUGCACCUUAAAAUGUGAUAUGACAAUUGUAUAAUUGUCUUUUUUUUUCAACAAAUUAAAGACAACAACAACAGGCACUGUUUCAGAUAAAAUUUUAUUUUCUUACAGCUUCAUUGUUGCACAGAAUUUGUUCUCAUCAAGUGCGUAUAAUUAAAACUGGACAUUGGCUCGCGCACAUUGCAAGCUACAGGCGGAACUACCGGAUCGUUAGGUGUAAAAUGGUUGCCUUAAGACACUACCUGACAGUGAGACAUUAAGAGCAACGCCAUAGAACUAGACUGCCAGUGGCUCGGGAUCUUUAACAAUCCAGUAACUCAGCACAUUGCUCUGAGUGUGCGCUGGAUAAAACAUGGACGUCUUGGUUAACGUGUUCUCGAUUUCCAGUGACGCAAUAUUCAUUCGAGACCCGUUUUUUAAACAACGGAACACCAUAUACUCUUUAAUGAAUUACUAAUACAGUAUCAUAACGUUAAGGGUCAGUCAACGGUGAAAAAGCAAAUUAAAUAUAGGUGUCGAUAUCAUGGUGAAAAUGAAAUAAAUAAAUAAUAUACAUAUCUCAACAUGUUAUUCACAGCUAAUUCGAUGUACAUUUGACUUCUACAAUGCAUAUAUCUUUAACACAAGACAUACACUGGACUGUCGGUAACCCUACACUGUACUUACUUGUAGACCCUGUUGUAGAAUCUAGGCACUGUUAUACUAGACACAUACCGGUACGUUAACUUGUAUCAAAAGUGACAUAAUCUCAUUUGUGUAAUAUCGAAAAUAUUUUAAUUUUGGAGCUGUUGAAAAUGUCCCAUACUCCACCCUGCAUGAGAAAUCUUUUAACUUGUUCAUGUUUUUUAUUGACCAUCAUGAUCAAGAUUAUGCAACCUUUAAAAGUGACCACCGUAAUUAAUACCAUUGACACAUAUACCCAACUGGUCUGGAAGGUAAAAAUACGAAGUUUCCUUAACUAAGGUCAAUAAGAUCAUAUUAUCUACAUUAUUAUGUGACCUUCAGAAAGACCUUUUAGAAAGGUCAUCAUUUUCAAGUUAAAACACAAUCCAGUGACCUUCAAUGCACUUGAGGAAGCUUCAAAGUGCUGACCUUAAAUCUAUAGUGAUACGCAUUGGUUUGUCUUUUGUUUAGUUUUGUGAGCUCGUUUGUGGGAGACAAGGUCAGUGCAAUAACAUAUUGUCUCUAAGGCACUUAAAAUGUAUUGUGGCACUGUCUCUAUCACAUCAUAGAUAUGGCAGUUGGUUUUAUAAAUUCUGAAGCAUAAAUUACAUAUUUCACAUCAUAUCUACAUCUAUACACAUCUCCAUCACAACUUAAACAAAUUUAAAAAGAACUUAACAGAAAAUCUUAUAAAUAUACAAUAAACAAUAUUCAGAUAUUCAGUGUAUAUAUUUUCACAACAGAUGUCACUAGGGGUCCAAGAGAAACCUGAGGAAAACCAAGAAUAAAACUUGCCAUUGAUUUCAGACGCAUCCAUACACCCAGCAUCGUUCUUAAAUUUUCUGCGGUAUCAUAACAAUCAUAAUACCAGAUAUCAUGAUACUUAACCUACAAAAUGAUAUAUAUAUAUACAUACAUACAUGUAUACUUAAGUGCUCUUAAUAACAAAACGUCAUUCACGUGCUCAAAAUAACAACGGAUAAAACAUCUAUAAGAUAUACAGUCUGUGACCUCCAGUUUCCUUAUAAAAUUAUAUAUAAAACAUCGAAGUAAAACAGAACUUGUACCAACCACAAAGUCACUAAUAUACAGUACUUAAAAACCAUACUAUGUUUUUUAUAUCAAUCUAAAUAACACCUCAACCCUCCUGUAAAACAUCAUUGCCUUCAGUCUGAAUAUGUCAUGGCUAUGAUUGCAAGAAUUAAAAAUAUCCAAUUGGGCCACUUGCUUUUUCUGUAGUGAACUGAUUACAUUACUGGGUCUGUAAAUGCACUAAAUCACAAUGAAGAAUGGGCAAUGUAGACAUCCUUUGUUAAAUGCAGUCCCAAUGACGCAGUGUUCUACGUUUCUGAAAAAAGUUGAAGAUUGGGGGGAGGGGUGGUUACGGGGGCAACACAGCCCCACCCCUGGCAGUCUAUGGCCCUGGUGGUAAGCUAUUAUAAUAUCAAGAAAUAUUUUUUCAGAUUACACUUUCUAAUAACAUGUAUAGUACAUCCCAACCUGCUUUUAUCUUUUAGUGCCUCGAAUUAAUAUAACAUUCACAGUGAGGAUAUAUCAACCAGUAAACUUUAUAAUAUGGCACUUUCCAGUCCAUUUACACUGAAGAUGGCGCUGCAGUUGUCAACUGACUGCAUCCUCUUCUAUAUUUCCUGGAUAUGUUGUCAUGGAAUCUUUACAGACUUUGAAGAAGUACACUUCACCAAUCUAUUGCUAAUAUAUUCUAUAGCAAUAUUGAUAACAUUUUCUACAGAAUAUACUUCUGAUCACCAAACAUUCCCUGUUGGCCAAGGUUUUCACAAGUCUCAAGUCAGAAAUAAUAUCAUAUCUUUUGCAUGAGGCAAGUUACAUUACUGCAUGGUACCUCAGUGCACAGUUUGAGUUCCUUCUCUUCAAAUUCAUUCAUCAUCUUGGUAUUAAUUUCCCUGAAUGGUUCCAAUAUAUCAUAAAGUUUCAAAAAUAUCAAUACAUCAUUUCAGAUUUUAGUAAACUUUCCACACAAAAAAGGUUUUACCUUUAACUUCCUGAAAUCUCAUGAAUGGUAAAGUCAAGGAAUAGCCCAUAUCAAGAUUACAAGGACAGACAUGUUAAAAUUAUAAAUCUGGUAAUGGUUUGAAUCUCAAUAAAUCACUCCUUGUAAAACUUCAAAAUGGUCCCAAACCCUCAACUUUAACUCUCAUUACCCAAAA